CGGAGUCGACGCUGGAGGGAGAUUUGAGAGGCGCGUGGAAGGUUGUUGGCCUCAAGCUUGGCUAGCGACUUUUGUGCUUCCUGCGUUUGUCGUUAUAACUUAUUCUUUACAUCAUGUCAGAGCACAGUGACAUAAAAACAACGCCGAGAGGGUUUCACUGCACCCUGUGCAACGUCAAUUUACCCAACUCGGCAAGUUUGGAUCAGCAUCUGAAAGGGAAGAAGCAUCAGACGCUGAGUGGCGUGCGGGCCACUAGGAAGACCCAGGAAGACCACAGCGUGUACGUUGGUGGCAUCAAUCCUGAUAUCUCCCAAACUGACUUAGCGGAGUAUUUUCAGCAGUUUGGGUCAGUCGCAGAUGUCAUCAUUGACAAAGACAAGGGUGUGUAUGCCAUCGUGCAAUUCAGCGAGACAGACAGCAUCCAAGCAGCUCUGUCCUGUAUUGAGCAUAAGCUGAAAGGCCUGAAGCUGCGCAUCAAACCUCGGGAAAAGAAGAAUUUCAAGUUGAUUCCCAAGAAGAAGAACGAUCCCGAGAACCUCCAACAAGUUCUUGACCGCCUCACACCUGACUUGUGUCAGUUGGUGUCUGUGAACGCCCAGAUGCAGCACGUUGUUGAGCAAUUUCAGCUGGGAGAAAAUGAAAAGAACGCCCGAAGCUUGCUGGUUCAACUCAUGCAGGAGAUUUUUGUAGAGUUUUUCCCAGACAGCCAGAUUCUCCCAUUUGGUUCAUCUGUCAACACGUUUGGCAUCCAUUCAUGUGACCUGGACCUGUUCUUAGACCUAGAAAACACCAAGGUGUUCCAGGCUCAUGCCAAGUCAACCACAGAACAGCCAGGUGAAGGCGUGUCAGACGAUGGGCGGUCUGAGGACUCCAUACUGUCUGAUAUCGACCUGUCCACAGCCACUCCAGCUGAGGUUCUCGACCUCGUGGCGAUGAUCCUGAAACGCUGCGUGCCCAGCGUGCACAAAGUCCACGUGGUCAGCAGCGCUCGUCUCCCCGUAGUCAAAUUCCAUCACCGUGAGCUUAACCUGCAGGGGGACAUCACCAUUAAUAACAGACUAGCAGUAAGAAACACCCGCUUCCUCCAGCUGUGCUCAGGGAUUGAUGAAAGGCUGAGGCCUCUUGUGUACACGAUCCGGUACUGGGCCAAGCAGAAGCAGCUUGCAGGUAAUCCCAGUGGUGCCGGUCCCCUUCUGAACAACUACGCUCUCACGCUGCUGAUCAUCUUCUUCUUGCAAAACUGUGAGCCUCCUGUCCUCCCUACAGUGGAUCAGCUCAAAGACUUGGCCUGUGAGGAGGAAGAGUGUGAGAUUGAAGGCUGGAACUGCACCUUCCCCAGUCAGCCUAUUGCUGUUCCCCCCAGCAAGAACACUCAGCAGCUCUGUACCCUGCUGGCUGGCUUCUUCUCCUUUUAUGCCAAGUUUGAUUUUGCAAGUAAUGUUAUAUCUGUUAGGGAGGGCCGUUCAUUUCCAAUCACAGAUUUCCUCAGUCAGAAUAAAGAGGAUGAUGCUUUGCAAGAGGACCAGUCCACCAAGGCCCAUCAGCAGCGUCCCAAACUUGGCCCCCUAAACCUCUUAGACCCCUUUGAGCUUUCCCACAAUGUAGCGGGAAACCUGAAUGAACGCUGUCAGCGCAGCUUUCAGAGGGAGUGCCAAGAGGCUGAGAAGUACUGCCGCAGCCUGCAGUAUCAGCGAAAAUCCACCAAGGGGAAAUCGUGGGGCCUAGUGCGCUUAUUUAGCCCACAUGGGGAAGCGACACCGUGCAAAACAGAGCAGCUGACCAUCAGUAUCCCGUUCAAGUCGGCCUCGCUCCCAGAACGACUGCGCGACGAACUGCACGCAGCGGGAGACGGUUUCCGGCUGCUGUGGUUUCAGAGAGUUUGCUCUGCUGUAGAGGAAGUACUGAAAAAUGUUCUCAAGUGUCACCUCACUCCCUCUAAAGAUGCCGUAUUUGGCGAGGACUCGUCCAUUUCUGCUGAGGAAAUGGAAACUACACAAGCUUCUGUCAUAUCGUCACUCAGUGACAGCUUUGACGGUGCUGAAGCCCAAAUCGAAGCCAGCCCUCUGGGUACAGUUGUUAUCGGUGGCAAGAGGCGGCUGUCUUCUGGCAGUGAUGCUUCGGUGUCGCCGCAAGGCAAAAAGCCAAGAAUGGCGAGACGAGGAAAGCCUGAGCUCCCGGCGUGGAUGUGCAUGCAAAAACACGUAGUCUGGGCGGGCAGGAGGAAAGUGAAACGGGAGCUGAUCAAAGAUGCUGACUCGAGGCCAGAGGGCAGCUGUGUGGAGCUGGAGUCCCAGGUUACGGCUUUCAUCAUUGAAAAAGAGCCAGAGCUCAAGGAACCCCUGGAGUUUAAUGUUCAGCCCCAGAUGCUGGGAGGAACAGAAAGCACAAGGGCAGUGCUCAAGUUAGAGCCGAGCAGCGACAAGACAGGAGUGUUUCAAGACUUCUUUCAUUUCCUGGAAGCUUUCUUACCCAAGAUGGUAGAGACAUUGAUAGAAAAAGAAGAGGCUAGUGCUUAAAAGGCAAUAUGUUUCCCUAAAUGAAAGAUUUUUUUUGUAUUAGUUAUGAAAAAAAGUUGCAGUAAAUGCUGCGUAAAUGAAUCAUUAAAAAAAGGGACAUACAGCUGUCUAUUAUAUACGUGUUGGCUCUGUCAGAAUGUUUGUAAUGGUUUUCAUUCAUACUGUACGUUUGUACUUCUGAGUUCUUUAAUAUUUCACAUUUGAGGUUCUGAUUAGCCCAUUUUUAAGUUUGACGUGACUUAGUUUUACUGUCUUAUUUUCAAAGUCAUUCUGUUGGUUUAGACAGCU